AUGUUCGAGAAUCUGUGCACGCUGCCGCUCACCUCCGACCUCUUCACACAGGUCCUCCAUCCCUCCGAGCCGCUGCUUACCGUCGGCUUGUCCAGCGGCCAUGUCGAGACCUUCAGGCUGCCCUCCUCUGACAGCUCCUCUGACGACGAGGGCAACGAGAACAACAGCAUCACGAACGGCAAGGGUCUGAUCAACAGCGUGUGGAGCACACGGAGGCAUAAGGGCAGCUGUCGCUCACUUGCGUACAGCCACGAUGGACAAUCUCUCUACUCCGCCGGCACCGACUCAAUAGUCAAGCACUUCUCCCCCGAGACCGGCAAGGUCACCUCCAAGAUCGGCAUCCCGCCGCGCGGCGCGCAGCCCGAUGCGCCCGCCAUCAUGCACGCGCUCACGCCGCAGACGCUGCUGCUCGGCACCGACUCGGGCGCCCUCUACAUCUACGACCUGCGCGACGGCGGGUCCCUCGACGCCCGCCCCGUGCGCAAGCAUUUUCCCCACGACGACUACGUGACCAGCAUCUCCCCACUGCCGCCCUCCGCCGAGAGCACAUCCGGCUUGCCCAAGCAGUGGGUCUCGACCGGCGGCACGACGCUUGCGGUCACGGACGUGCGCCAUGGGAUCAUUGUGCGGAGCGACGACCAGGAGGACGAGCUGCUAUGCUCAACGGUGAUACCGAGUGGGCUGGGGCCAAAGCGCUUGAGGAGCAAUGCUGUUGUGGCGGUGGGUAUGGGCUCGGGCGUGCUCACCUUGUGGGAUCGCGGCGCGUGGGAUGACCAGCAGGAGCGAAUAUAUGUAUCCGGUGGGAAGGGGCACAAGGAUGCGGAGAGUCUGGAUGUCAUAGCUCGCGUGCCAGACGAGCUAGGCUGGGGCAAGAAAGUCGUCGUCGGGCUGGGCGAUGGUAGUCUCGCAGUCGUGGACCUGAAGCAGAGAGAGGUCCAGCACAGACUGAGGCAUGACGAUGUGGAGGGCGUCACAGCACUGGGCUUUGACUGCCAAGGGCGCAUGAUAAGUGGAGGCGGGCGAAAUGUUAAGGUCUGGGCUGAUGCCUCCGAGGGUCAAGAGGAAGACGAGGAGGAGGACAGUGAUGACGAAGAAGAAGCUGGAGGCCGUGGUACCAAACGGCCCGCAGAUAGUGACGACGAUAGCGACAGUGACAGCGAUGCGAAACCGGCAAAGCAGAUUAGGAAAAAGAGAAAGGGGAAGGGGGCCCAGAGAGCUGUGGCAUUCCCGGGAUUGGAUUAG